GCAAAGAAUAAAAAAAUUGGAUACCAGCUCGGACAUGGUUACAAUAUCUCAAAAUAGCAGAUGACCAGUUCCCUAUACUGACCAUGCUGGCCUAUCUUCAGGACCAUCCUGGACCAGAGAGGAACAGAGAAAUCUUACACCAUACGCAACUCCCGCGCCAAACAGAGCCCCUGAAGACAUUCCUCUGCACACAAAAAUGUCCCAUCCUUUACACUCCCUGAACGGACCUGGAGCUGGCAAUGGAUCUCUGUCGCCUCUCUCAGUAACAGGAGCACCCAAGCAGGACUACCCAAGUGAGGAACAAGGAAACAAAGUGCACUGGGCAGCACUGCUGAUCCUCCUGCUGAUAAUCCCCACCAUUGGGGGGAACAUACUUGUCAUUCUGGCAGUGUCCCUGGAGAAGAAGUUGCAAUAUGCUACCAACUACUUUCUGACAUCCUUGGCAGUGGCAGAUUUGCUCGUGGGUCUGUUUGUGAUGCCAAUUGCCCUUCUCAUUAUAUUAUUUGACAAUACCUGGCCUUUACCAACUGCCUUGUGUCCUAUCUGGCUGUUCCUUGAUGUCCUCUUUUCCACAGCUUCCAUCAUGCACCUCUGUGCCAUCUCCCUGGACCGCUACAUUGCCAUAAAAAAGCCAAUCCAGGCCAGCCAGUACAAUUCAUGGGCUACAACAAUCAUCAAAAUCAUCGUGGUUUGGCUCAUCUCAAUAGGCAUUGCAAUUCCCGUCCCUAUCAGGGGCAUUGAGGAUGGAAAUGGCAACUCUACAAACAUCACGUGUUUCCUGACGCCUGAUCGUUUUCAUGACUUCAUUCUGUACGGAUCAGUGGCUGCCUUCUUCAUUCCCCUCGCUAUCAUGAUCGUCACUUAUUUACUGACCAUCCAAGUGCUGCGCAAAAAGGCCUAUUUGAUCAACAAGCCGCCCCAGCGCUUCACCUGGUCAGCAGUGUCCACAGUCUUUCAGCGUGACACAACACCUGCCUCCUCACCAGAAAAGGUGGCCAUGCUAAACGGCUCCAGAAAGGACCAGACUUUGUCCAGUGACAUGCCUAUCAGCAGGACAUCCACCAUUGGGAGGAAGUCCAUGCAAACGAUAACCAAUGAACAAAGGGCGUCAAAAGUUCUGGGGAUUGUGUUUUUUCUUUUCUUGCUGAUGUGGUGCCCAUUCUUCAUAACAAACAUCAGCUCAGUUCUGUGCAACUCCUGCAACCAGGAGGUUUUUCAAAAGCUUUUGGAGAUAUUUGUUUGGAUAGGGUAUGUAUCCUCAGGAGUGAACCCUCUUGUAUAUACACUCUUCAACAAAACAUUUAGGGAGGCUUUCAGCAGGUACAUCACUUGCAACUAUCGGACCACAAAGCCUAUCAAGGCCCUUCGGCAGCGCUCCAGCAGGAUCUCUUUCAGGAACUCUGUAGCAGAAAAUUCCAAGCUGUUUGUCAUGAAUGGGAUGAGAAAUGGGAUUAACCCCAUUAUGUACCAGAGCCCAAUGAGGCUGAGGAGCUCACCCAUUCAAGCAUCAUCGGCCAUUCUGCUGGAUACGUUGCUGCUCACCGAGAAUGAGGUUGAUAAAACAGAAGAACAAGUCAGCUAUGUAUAGUGGAAUGGCAGCCAUGUCCCUACAGCAUUACUGUAUGUAUUAUUCUAGAUAAUUUCACUGUAAGAGGGUAUAAAUACUAUUGUUUUCUGUUAUUUAUGCAAGCAAUAUCUUAUAAAUUUAUAUUAAUUCUCCUCCUCCAAAGUCUCCUCUACUUUAACCCCAACCCCAUGGUGGCAACCACAACUUCA